AUGGACACAACUGGUGCAGCGCCGCCCAAGGCUGAGAAGCAACAUGUCGAGACAAAAACGGUAGAGACUCCGGUCGCCUCCACAAGCGCCGCGACGUCGGCGGCCGUUGGCGACGUCCCGGACCCGGAUGAGGAUGACCUAGAUGACUUGGACGACAUGUUGGAUGAAUUUUCUACUGUAAAGCUGGACUCACCAAGUCAUACGCUGGCGACCCCUGCAGCCGCUCCUGCUGCUCUUGCUGCCACCGCCGCUGUUACUGCGCCUGAGGCCGGCGCAAAGGCUGGGGGCGCCGUCAACCCCGAGGAUAUGACAGAAGAAGACUUUGCCCAACAGCUCCAGGCCGGUAUGGCGAACUUGCUCGGCGAGCUCGAGAAGUCGCCAGAAGUGCAGGCCGAGUUUGAAAGCAUGUUCAAGGGUAUGGCCGCCGCCACGGAAGGCGGCGCUGCGCCCGGGGCUGGAACGGCCCCGGCCAGCGACACCCCGGCCAGCGACACUCUGGCCGGCGACGAGUCCUUCCAGGACACGAUCCGACGUACCAUGGAGCGCAUGCAGAACUCGGGUGAGCAGGCCACGGCGGCCGCGGCCUCGGGCAGCUCCGACGACUUCAUGUCGGAGCUGCUGAAGCAAAUGGCGGGCGGCGCGGGCGGGCCUGGCGGCGAGGACAGCGAGGAGGCGUUUUCUAAGAUGCUCAUGGGCAUGAUGGAGCAGCUGACCAACAAGGAAAUUCUCUACGAGCCCAUGAAGGAGCUUCACGACAAGUUCCCUGCCUGGCUAGCCACGCAUAGCGAUAAGACACCAGCCGAUGAGCUCAAGCGCUACCAGGACCAGCACGCGCUCGUCGACGAGAUUGUUGCCCGCUUCGAGGCAAGCACUUACUCGGAUUCGAAUGCCGCCGACAGGGAGUACAUUGUGGAGCGCAUGCAGAAGAUGCAGGAGCUGGGCUCACCGCCCUCGGAUUUGGUUGGAGACCUCGACACGGCACAAGAAGCCUUUGCUGGCGCCGAUGAGCAAUGCAACCCACAGUAG